AUGGCCGACGCAGAAACCAUGGACAUUGACCAGCCCGAGCAGCCCGAAGUCUCGUCGGCUGACCCCAACGCCAGCGACGCGCGCACCGACGCAGGCGCAACAGCUGUGCGCUCCAUCGAAGGCUGGAUCAUCAUUGUCACCAACGUGCACGAGGAGUGCACCGAGGAGGAUCUUCAGGACAUGUUUGGCGAGUUUGGAACGAUUAAGAAUCUGCACAUGAACCUGGACAGGAGGACGGGUUAUGUCAAGGGCUACGUCCUCAUCGAGUACGCUACCUUGGAAGAAGCAAAGGCCGCUAUCAAGGGCGCCAACGGCGAGGAGCUCCUUGAGCAGAAGGUCACCGUCGACUUUGCCUUUGUGCGCCCUCCGCCAGCCAGCAAGGGCCGCCCUCGCGACUAUGACAAGCGCCAGAGCGGACGCGGUGCUGGAAGAGCCAGGAGCAAGAGUCCUGGACGCGACGGUGACGACAUGGACGAUGAGUAG